GCAUGGAUUCCUGAUCCCCGAGUCACUUUCUCCAAUUUUUUUUACACUAAUUAAGCUCCCUAACUAGACUGGAGACUUGCUAGUGUAAUUGGGUCUUUGGGACAUCCUCCCUGAAGCACCCCAAAGUUUGUUAGCUGGGCACAGUUCCUCUCCUCUCUUUAAGUCGCCUUGGGGAUUAUGCAAUCCCUCGGCACACAGGGCACUUCGAACGGUGCCACCUUCAUUUGGCCCACUUGCUCCCUAGGAGGGUGCUGGCCAGCAGAGCACUGAGAUCUGCCCAGAAUGGAGAGCCCCUCCUGCCUGCAGUCAGCCACUGAGAGCCAUCCAGCCUUGAUCUCACCAGAAUUCCACCUACUUCAGAGACUCCUGCGGGGUGCUCAGCCCUUAAAAUAAGUCUGCCAAAUUCUAAAUGGUACACUUAAUUUUAUCAACUUGCAAACUCUUCAUGAAUUCCUCAAUUAAAAAACCUAGGCAUGUUUCCACGGUUUGGAAAAUCAGGCUGGAGUGAAAAUUCUUCCAGGGAUGCAGUGCACAGAUCCUGAGGAGCCCGGAGUUGUAGGAGAAAAGGCAGAGCACUACAGAGACUUCUUUGGCUCGAAGGCUGGGAAGCAGACAGAACAUGCGGUGGUUUUAUCAGCUUGUCCUUGGCUUCUCUGUAACCCCCACCCUCAGUGUUGGCUCACAGUGAUCCUUCAGACUGUCUGCUCAGACUUCCAAGUACAGUCGUUUAGGAAAACACUGCCCUGAACCAUCCACCUUCCUCACACGGAUGAACUGAAGCCUACAGAGGGUGAGGAGUCUGUCCCAAGGCCACAGAAAGUGUGGCCAAGCUGGAAAAGACCUUAACCAUCUCUGUGGUCCCACUCACGACCUGCAUCCUCCGUCCUUCUGCCCCAUCUGCGUAUCCAGCCAGAACCCCGCAGUAUGGAGCCCAGCAACAGAACCACAGUCUCUGAGUUCAUCUUGAAGGGAUUUUCUGGCUACCCGGCCCUUGAGCGGCUACUCUUUCCUCUGUGCUCAGUCAUGUACCUGGUGACUCUGCUGGGGAACACAGCCAUCGUGGUGGUGAGCAUAUUGGAUGCCCGUCUGCACACGCCCAUGUACUUUUUCCUGGGUAACCUUUCCAUUUUGGACAUCUGCUACACAUCUACUUUUGUACCCCUGAUGCUGGUCCACCUCCUGUCGUCCCGGAAGACCAUCUCCUUUACGGGCUGUGCCGUCCAGAUGUGUCUGAGCCUCUCCACGGGCUCCACCGAGUGCCUGCUGUUAGCCGUUAUGGCCUAUGACCGCUACUUGGCCAUUUGCCAGCCACUCAGGUACCCUGUGCUCAUGAGCCACAGGCUCUGUCUGAUGCUGGCAGGAGCCUCCUGGAUGCUCUGUCUCUUCAAGUCAGUGGCAGAGACGGUCAUCGCCAUGAGGCUGCCCUUCUGCGGCCACCACGUGAUCAGACACUUCACCUGUGAGAUCCUGGCUGUGCUGAAGCUGACCUGUGGCGACACAGCAGUCAGCGAUGCCUUCCUGCUGGUGGGGGCCAUCCUCCUGUUGCCUAUACCCCUGACCCUCAUCUGCCUGUCCUACAUGCUGAUCCUGGCCACCAUCCUGAGGGUGCCCUCAGCCACCGGGCGCAGCAAAGCCUUCUCCACCUGCUCGGCACACCUGGCUGUUGUCCUGCUUUUCUAUAGCACUAUCAUCUUCAUGUACAUGAAACCCAAGAGCAAGGAGGCCCGGAUCUCAGACCAGGUCUUUACAGUCCUCUACGCUGUGGUGACUCCCAUGCUGAACCCCAUUAUCUACAGCCUGAGGAACAAGGAGGUGAAGGAAGCGGCCAGGAAAGCUUGGGGUAGCAGAUGGGCCUGUAGGUGAGGGAGGGCAGGGCUCUGCAUGGGUAGGGGUCUUGCCUUGUUGUGUGGGUCAGCCUAUGCCAAUACCACUGUGGGACAGAACAUGGAGCUGUGGAGACCUACACUCCAGAGACACAGUACCAAAUCCCACUAAUCCUGACACUGAAUCACUCACAAGUCACUUUCUGCUCCUGCCCUGUCCUGGUCCAGGCUGCUGCCCAGCACCUGUCCCUGGGCCUCCACAGUAGCCUCUGGGCUGACCUCAAGACAAGUGAUUCUUUGGGUAGUGCAGCUGCUCACACCUACAAUACCAGCAUUUGUGAAACGGAGGCAGGAGGAUGGUCAAUUUGAAGUCAGCCUGUGAUAGUAAGACUCAAUCUGAAAAUAAAUAGUUAA